ACGCAACACACAGACUCUGCCUAACUUUACCACCGUCCAGCAUCACCGAGCCCGUGUCCGGUGGCGCGAGGGCAUCACGGAUCAAAGCUAGUCCGUCCAGAGGGUCCCUCGGCUUGCUUGUGUCAUCUCUUGGCGUGGAGAUGGGCUUCCCGUAAAACCGGCGGUGGUGGAGGGGAGCGGCGGGCCGGCGGGGAGUGGGGGGGAGAAGCGAGAGACUAGAGAGUGAGGAGGUGGAGAGAAAAAAGCCGAGGAGGACGAGAAACAAAAGCACAACCGUGGGUGCCUGCAACAACCAUGAGCAGCGGCGGCUUGCCCUAUUCACCAGAGCUGCUGCUCUACCCGUGGACGAUGUCGUGAGGUGUGGCUCGCAACGCUAAGCAGCAGGGAUUCUGUCAGUCGAAACGACAGUAGCAAGCCAAGGUGGGGUGCUGCUGGUGGAAAAGAUGUCGACCGCCUCGGUGGGGCCCCAGGGCGGCCCUCGCCCACCCACCGCGCCGCCGACCGUUCCCGAACUGCCGGACCUCAGCCAUCUCACGGAGGAGGAGAGGAAAAUAAUCAUGGCCGUAAUGGAUCGGCAGAAGGAGGAAGAGGAGAAAGAGGAAGCCGUGUUAAAGACGCUGCACCAGCAGUUUGAGAGUUACAAGGAGCAGGUGCGUCGCAUCGGCGUGGAGACGCGGCGCCAGCAGCAGGGCCAGCACAAAGACGACGCCCCCACCUGCGGCAUCUGCCGCAAGACCAAGUUCGCCGACGGCUGCGGCCACCACUGCUCCUACUGCCAGACCAGAUUCUGUGCCCGCUGCGGCGGACGCGUCUCCCUGCGCUCCAACAACGUAAUGUGGGUAUGCAACCUGUGCCGUAAGCAACAGGAGAUCCUCACCAAAUCGGGAGAAUGGUUUUCGGGGCCGGGGGCGAGGCAGAUGAGCCUGGAUGGCGGCCUGAACGCCCCGCCCACGGGGGGUGACACCCAACGGGGGGACAGGAAGCUACUCCGCUCCAGGUCCCAGGCCCCGCCCUCUUCCAGCGGUAACGCAGGGGCGGCGCCCGACGGAACGCAUCAGCCGUCAACGGUACCGGCCAAGGGAGCGUUGGACACCAUGCCGGCGUCACGCGCUCGGAGCGAACCACCACGAGACAAGAAAAGACCUGUGUCCCUCCAUGAACAGAACGGUAAGCCUGGCGGUCCUGGUCGUGGUAGAGGAGGCCGGGGACCCCAAGGGAAGCUUCAGACCGUGGCCUCCCAGGAGGAGUUCUGUGGUCCCGGGGAGAUAGACUGGCGGGACGGCCGGCACCUGGAGAAGGUCCGCUCCCAUGACUACCCCGACGGCGGCGACCAAGGAAAUCGCCCCGACCUCCGGAGACGCCCCCCGGAGGAGGAUGAGCUGGAGCGCAAGCGGCGCCAGGAGGAGGAGUUCCAGGCGCGUUACCGCAGCGACCCCAACCUGGCACGCUACCCGGUAAAGCCGCAGAAGGAGGAGCAGGAGAUGCGCAUGCACGCCAAGGUGUCGAAGGUGCGCCACGAGCGGCGCCACAGCAACAACGCCAUCAAUGAGGUGGGGCUGGAGGGCGGGGGAGGAGGGGGAGGGAACAUGGGGGAUGUGCCUGAGAAUCGUCUCCGGAGGGGCGGCGGUGGGAUUGGUGGAGAACCGAACCGCAAGGCAUCCUUGGAGAACCACCGCGCCUACUCCAUGGACAGGACCGUGGGGGGUGGUGGGGGUGGCGGAAUUGGGCAGGGACCCCAGGGAGGUCCCCCCCUCCUCAAACAGAACCAGAACCACGGACCCCUUCAACCAUCUGGUGGUGGCUCACGAACGGGCCCCAAUCCUGGUGCUCCUCACCCCCACCAAGGACCCCCACCUCCAGCAGGCUGGGAUCCCCCUAAGGGACCCCACCCCAGCCAACUGGACCCCAAUUCCCAGGCAGCCAUGAUGCACAAGGUUAGGAGGGAGAAGUCCGGGGACAGCCUGCUGCGGAAGGACUCCCAGAGCUCGGACCAGUCGGAGUCGCUGAGGCCGCCCCCACCCAGGCCCUACAAGAGCAAACGGGGCGUCAACAAGAGGCAGAUGUCUAUAAGCAGCUCAGAGGAGGAGGGCGCCUCCACGCCAGAGUACACCAGCUGUGAGGACGUGGACAUGGAGAGCGUCAGUGAAAAAGGGGAUUGGGACUGCCAUCCUCUGGAUCCUGCUGUGUGGCAUCAUCCAGUGACAUGGCAGCCGUCCAAGGAGGGCGACCACUUAAUCGGACGCAUCACUCUGAGCAAAAGGUCGGCCAUGCCCCGUGAGGCAGGCUCCUUACUAGGGUUAAAGGUUGUGGGUGGGAAGAUGACAGAGACAGGGAGACUGGGGGCCUUCAUCACCAAAGUCAAGAAAGGAAGUCUGGCAGACAUUGUUGGCCACCUGCGAGCUGGUGAUGAGGUACUGCAGUGGAACGGGAAGUCGUUGCCGGGAGCAACCAAGAAGGAAGUGUACAACAUCAUUCUGGAAUCCAAGGCGGAGCCUCAAGUGGAAAUAGUUGUCUCAAGGCCUAUUGGAGACAUACCAAGAAUUCCAGAAACAUCACAUCCUCCUUUAGAAUCGAGCUCCAGUUCCUUUGAGUCUCAGAAGAUGGAACGUCCCUCCAUAUCGGUCAUGUCCCCCACCAGCCCUGCUACCCUCAGAGCCCUCCCCGUCAUCCUGCCUGGACAGCUCUCUGUAAAGCUAUGGUAUGACAAAGUGGGCCAUCAACUGAUCGUCAACGUCCUUCAAGCCAUAGACCUGCCCCCCCGACCGGACGGGCGACCCAGGAACCCCUACGUCAAGAUGUACUUCCUCCCUGACCGAAGUGAUAAGAGCAAGCGCAGGACCAAGACGGUAAAGAAGAGCGCUGGGCCCAAGUGGAACCAGACGUUCCUGUACUCCCACGUCCACCGCAGGGACUUCAGAGAACGCAUGCUGGAGAUCACUGUCUGGGACCAACCUAGAAUACAGGAGGAGGAGAGUGACUUCCUGGGAGAGAUCCUGAUAGAGCUGGAGACUGCCCUGCUGGACGACGUUCCUCACUGGUAUAAACUCCAGACCCACGACGUGUCCUCUCUACCUCUGCCCCAGCCAUCCCCUUACCUCCCGCGCAGACACACCUCUCACGACAGCCCCAGCAAGAAACUACAGAGGUCCCAUCGCAUCAUUGACACAGAGUUUGAUGAUACAGGUAUAGCGGUAGUAUCUGAAGGUGCAGAGCGUAACUCGAGGGAGAGGGAGAGGAACAGCACCCUGACUGUCCCAGAGCAGCAGAGACUGGCCCAGCACCGCUCCAGAUCUGUGUCCCCUCACCGCGAGGACAUAACAAGGGCCCGCUCCCGCCCUGCACACGUCCCCAUGCAGAGGAGUCUGGAUGAGAUCCAUCAGAACCGCCACCACUCCUGCUCCCCUUCUCGUUACCAUGACUCCCACGGGGAGCACCGCUCCGGGGACUCAGACUACGAGUACUCCGAGGACAGUGAGGUCCUCGAGAUGCACAGGUCUAUCCGAGGCGGGAGUGCCGAGUGCCUGCACACAAACAGUGAUCUGCAGCCCAGUCUGGACCGGGUGAGGAGUGCCAGCACCACCUGCCUCAGACCUGACACCAACCUCCACUCUCCUGAUAAAGACAGAUGCUCCAACUCUCUGCCCCGCAGACAGCCCGCAGGCCCCAGGAUUUUAGUAGAGCAGGCCUCCCCAGAGGAAGAAAGGCAGUCAGGGAGCCUAGGCAGACCUGACAGUCAGAGAGGUAAUAGCAAGAAAGGCCUGGAGGCUGACAGCUUUCUUUCGUUUGUUUGUUCUUUUCUUUCCACGUGGCCUGUUGAUGCCAGUCGUAUCCAGCCCACCUCUAUACUGAGGGGCAGUAGGGGGAGAGGGGGACCGCUGCGCCCCUUUAACCAGACACCUCUGGGGGGAUCUGUCCCUAACUCACCACGACAAGACAGAACACACACCCACAGCCCCUCCCCUCCUACGGGGACUCCCCAGUCAGGUCGCAGGGGCAGACAGCUGCCACAGGUUCCUGCCAGAAGCAGUAGUGUAGAGCAAGCUCUAGCAGUAGAGGAGCGAGCCAGACAGAUGAACAUGAAAGUACAUUCCUACCGGCCUUCAGCAUCCCAUGACCCCGAGACGGACCUCAAGACCAAACGAGAGAUGUAUGCGGAUCAGCGGCGGAGCUCUGACAACGUGUCGGCCCGCUCGUCAGACAGCGACAUGAGUGACGCGUCGGCCCUAUCCCGCGCCAGCAGUGCCUCACGCCUCAGCAGCACCUCCUACAUGUCCAUCCAAUCAGAACGUCCGCGCGGGAGGCUCAGUCGGCAGGUUCGUGCGGCGCCGGGCCGGACCAUGCUGAAGAGCACAAGCGUGAGCGGUGAGAUCUACCCGUCAGAGCGUACCGACGGCAGCCAAUCGGAUACGGCGCUGGGCACGGUGGGCAUGGGUGGCAAGAAGAGACGCUCCAGCCUCAGUGCCAGGGUGGUCUCUAUCGUCUCCAACAGACGUAGUCGCAGCACGUCGCAGAUCGUCGGCCCGGAGGGGAAGGGGAAGAAGGAGAAGGGUGCGUCCAUCCAGAGGAGCACAGAGACGGGCAUGGCUGUAGAGAUGACCAGGAACAUGAGUCGACAGUCCAGUAAAGAGUCCACCAACGGCACCAUGAACAGCUGCAACUCCGAGGGAAAUCUGCUUUUCGGUGGGGUGCGUCUGGGACAGCCAGGCAACCAGUUCAGCGACUUCCUGGAUGGUCUGGGUCCCGCCCAGCUGGUGGGCAGACAAACGCUGGCCACACCUGCCAUAGGUGAUAUUCAGAUCGGAAUGAUGGACAAGAAGGGUCAGCUGGAGGUGGAGGUGAUCAGAGCUCGGGGCCUUGUACAAAAGCCUGGAUCCAAAUCCCUCCCUGCUCCAUACGUCAAGGUCUAUCUGUUGAAUAAUGGAGCGUAUGUAGCCAAAAAGAAAACCAAGAUUGCACGGAAAACGCUGGACCCGCUGUACCAGCAAGCGCUGCAAUUCGAGGAGAGCCCACAGGGUAAAGUCUUACAGGUGAUCGUCUGGGGAGACUACGGACGAAUGGACCACAAAAGCUUCAUGGGAGUUGCACAAAUCCUAUUGGAGGAACUAGACUUAACAAGCACAGUGAUUGGCUGGUACAAGUUGUUCCCACCCUCCUCUUUAGUGGACCCCACACUAGCCUCCCUGACUCGACGUGCUUCCCAGUCGUCACUGGACAGCUCCUCGGGCCCACCGGGCACCCGAUCCUAGUGGACCAAUAGGACUACAGCUACCAAUCUUAAUGGACCAAUGGGACUAUAGCUAGCCUACCGCUUUGUGAAACGAUUUAACGUCACCUUAGAGAUUAACGGACAAAAAUUAUUGUAGAACAACAACAAUCAAGAAACAGAGUCACAAAUGAUUUUUAAAAAAAGCUUUGUUGAGAUCUGACAAUCACUCCUGGCAUCAUUUCAUCUCUUUGUUUGUUUUAGAGAGCGUAAGGUUUCAGUGUUUCAUUCCAGUAACGAAUUCAUCAUUGUUUUUUCGCGGUUGUAAUCUAAGAACUAGGGCUGUCGAUAAUAAACAAUGUUUGGUAGCUAGGUAAGGCUGUACUGGAGUCGAGCGGUAAGGAGACACUCGAUUCAUUGAAGAAACUACGUAGAAAUUUAAAUGUGAAAGGAAGAAGGGUGGUAGUUUUUAGUCAAACCAUCAAUAAACAAAGAAAUGUAUGUUAGUAUCAGAAUGUAUGGACCCAAGACAGAGGUGUCAUCCUCCUUGUCCCUCAGGGGAUGCCAUUAUGUCCUCUCCGCAGUGGCCCCCAAACAGACUGCCAGCACUUCGGCCCCCAGGGCAGAGUGCUUCUGGGUGGGGUCGGUCCGGGCAAGCAGGGGUCUCCUUCUGGUGCCUAGACUUUGUGGAUUCACAUUACUGGUCCUUCUCUGUCAAAUAUAUAUUUUUUUGUUUUCAAUAUGUUUACCAUGGCUGGUCCAAGCCGCUCUCUCGUUUUUUGUCUUUGGUACGUUUGACUUUUUUUUCUCCCUUUGUUACUUAUGGCACAACAAUGUUUUUAUGAUGAGUAUGAGGUUUACGAUGCGUUGUCUGAUGUAUGCAUGGAGAAGAGUCAAAAGACAUAAGGAAAAAAUACGAAAUAGAGAAAAUUAGAUCAUGUGUCUGCAAUGAGAUGCAGGGGACUGUUCAGUGACACAUCUUAAAUGACGAUUUUUACACUUGACGAUGAGAUUAGUGUGGGAUUGCAAUGUUGUUUUCUUCAUUCAGUCACCUACAAAAAGUCCAACCCAGUUGUCUUUGUAUAGAUGUAUAUUAGACCUCCAUUAUCUUGACCAAUAAAUAGAAUUAUACAUUUCAUUUUGGACUAUCACUAGGGUGUCAACAAGUCACUGUAAAAAAAGACGUAUCUUUGUCCACAAUCACGAGAACUAUCAUUUAGCUGUUUUCCUGGAGUAUCCUUCCCCUCACCCCAGCACAUGUUUAGGGGUUUUAUCUGAAUUUUCAGUUUACAUUAUUUUGAGAUUCAAAAACGCAAGCACAAAUAAGCUUGAUUUUUUUUACGGCAAAAAGUUACACUUUUUGAGAUUUAAAAAAAAAGUGAAUGAAAUUUUUUACAUUUUAAAUACUGCUUGCAAAUGUAUUUUUUUUGGUUCAUUUCGUUUCUUCUUUGUCUCGAUUAUUUGGAAGAACAAAAAACAUCAGUUGCUCAAAUUUCCCUUCUGCAUCUUUGUGAAUGUGAAAAGUAACCAAUCAGAUUGAACUUUCAGGACAGGAACACCAAUAGUCAUCCUUCGUCAGGCCGGCCGACUCCUGCCACACCAAAGGGGGCGUGGCCAGCAUGACUCGGACCUGUUCCAAGCUGCAUGCACAUUUUGUAAAACAAAAACGAUACUGAUAAAAAAAGAAGAUUGAACUGAAGUAGAUAUGUGUUAGUUCCACAUACCCGUAGGCCCGCUUGUAUGUUGCAUGCACUUGUACAGUUUGCUCGUACUUAAAUAUAAAGAGAAACCGAAGCCAUUCACAUCACGCGAAGACAUUCAAAAUUAUCAGCUGCAGUCAAGUCUAGUCCACAUCCUUCAUUCCGGUGCUGAAUGUUUCGAAACCAGUUGAUUACCAAGAUUAUGUUGAUGUCUUUUUUAAAGCUAUUGAACACGUGCUGUACUGUCGUACUAAGCAAUCGUCACCGCCCAUUCUUUCAAAUCUACAGUUACUGUACACAUCAUAGUUUACCUCUAUGGGGCUGAGACGACAUGGUUAAAUAUGUAUAAAUCAGAUCAAUUUAUAUACAAAGUAUAGUUAUGUUGAACAUAAUGAUGUAAUAAGAUAUAUGGAUACAUAUAUUACACAAAUUAUUUAGAGUAUAAUGUAACGAAAGUAAAUUAGAUAUAUUGUAAAUAUUUUUUCAACCAACCAAACGGUUUAGUGAUAUCUACGAAUGGGGCCAAGUCAGAUUACGGGGACAUUGUCAAGUUCCUUAAGACUACGAUUGGACUUAGAAAGUCACAAAGGGACACUACUUUACUUCAAGGCUUCAGGGGAUAGUCCCAAAUCGCCACACUUGAGUGUACUAGGGUAUCAGGCCAUAUUAUCUGCAAAAGCUGUCAUCACUACACCUCUCUCUCUCCAUGCUUUGAAACCUACAACCUACGACCUAUGACCCCAGCCAUGUAAAACCCCAUUUAUAAAAACGUCAAAUUUUUGGUUUUAUGUUUAGUGAGUUAUUCUUUUUUUAUUUUGUCAGUAUUAUUAGGAGAGAGAAAAAAAUGCUGAUUGUUUACAAUGUAUGUGUUCCACUGAAACAACAACUAUAAAAGAAAAUGAUCAGAUAAAAAUGUAUUCACUGCAGCGUUUCUUGUUUCGUAUAACAGGUGUGGCUCAAAUGAUGUGUGUGUUUUAUAUUUUAAAAAAAGAGUUCAUUUUUAUUAUUUACAAAUAAAAAAAGAAUGUGUGGAAGAA